CUGCAAUAUUAGACGCUUCCCUUGUAAUCGGUUUUGAAAUAGACAGUGAUGCUUUAGACAUUUUUAAAGACAAUAUAACAGACCAUGAACUUGAAAAUGUGGAUGUAGUUCAGUGUGAUAUUUUCUAAAAAAUUUGAUACGGUUUUAAUGAACCCGCCGUUUGGUACAAAAAAUAACGAGGGCAUUGAUAAACAGUUUUUAGAUGUGGCAUUGAAGUUGUCCAAAAAUGUUGUAUAUUCUCUUCACAAGACUACCACAAGAAAACACAUGUUAAAAUAUGCAGAAAGUCUAGGAGUUAAAGCCGAAGUUUUGGCCGAACUACACUACAAUCUUCCUUCAACCUACAAGUUCCAUAAGAAAUCUUCAGUGGACAUUGAAGUGGAUUUUUAUAAAUUCUCAGUGCAACAGACUUGUUAAAAAACUUAUUUUAUUCGUGGCUAAAUUAUAUUAAAUUUAACAACAUGAGUUCGACAUUCGCUCGCGAACAUUGCAAACUUGCAGUGGGCAAGAUCCUCCAAACAAUCGGAUGGAAUUCCAUCAACUCCACGCCGCUGGAGGUAUUGACGGAUUUGAUGUCAGACUACAUCAAACAAAUAGCGAAAAUAACCAACGACUACGCCAAUGAGUUUGGUCAAACCGAACCCAACUUGGAUCAUUUGGGUCUGGCGUUUCAAGAGGUCGGAGUUAACUUGGGCGAACUUGAAGAAUACGUCACCUAUGUCAAUUUUGUUCCGCCAGGACCCUCGGUCCCAAAAUUCCCCAUUCCCAACGAAAGUCACCUGAAUUUCUUGAAACCCGGAUCCAAAGAAGUUGUAACUCGGCCAGUGCAUAUCAACGAGCAUCUACCUCCUAUGUAUCCGCUUCUCGAAGAGCAACAAGAACAGAAUACCGAGAAUUCGCCGGUGAAGAAGGAGGUUGAAGAUGACGAUCAACAGUUGAAGAAGGGUAAUGAUACGGUAUCGCCGGAGUACAGGAGGUUGAAGAGGGAGGAAGAAGGUGGAAGGCCUACCAGGGAGAUUAGCAGCGUGAUGAUGACCACUUCAGGGUUUUUGUCUCCUGCGUGCGAAGGUAAGUUACCUGAACCCAAAGCGCCGAACCCACCUGUUGAACCACCAAAACCACCAUCUCCGGUACCUCAAGUACCCGAACUGGUCUCUAUCAAGAAAAAAGUGGAAAAAAAGAAAGAAAAAGCCCCGAAAGAUCCAUCGAAAUCGACAGGCGACGAAAAACCACCUCCUAAGAAAGCCCACACUCCCAAAGAACCAAAAAUCAAACAGCCCAAAUCUUCUAACAACGCAAACGCUAACAUUCCUCCUUUGGGUUUGAUACCUCCCUGGAACACUGCUCAUUUUCCUGGAGAUUCCAGAAUACCGCCUCCUUUGGCAACGCCGCUUCACAAACCGCCUUCUUCGUCCAAAACGAGCAUUUUCAACAAAACCUUGGCAGCAGCAAAGGCCAAAACCGAAAAACUCAACACCACGAUCACUCCUAUACCAAUAAAAUCCGAACCAGGACAGUUUCCCGUAUCUUCAGUCCCUCAUCAUCAAGUAGACAAACUGGUCACUGAGCCUGAUAAGAAGAAAAUCAAUAUACUGAAGAAGAUAUCGAAUGUGAAGGAGAAGCACGAGAAAGUGCCGAAACAACAGCAGCAUCACAUGAGCCCGCACAUGAUCCAACAAACUCGUGACAUAGUGAACAAGAUUAGUUUGUCCAGCGAUAUCACUAUAGAGCCGAUCAUGAACACCGGAGGGCCUGUACAGAGAAGUCCGGAAAAGAUGGAUUACUUCUUUGAUGAUGGUUCUCCUCCGGGCACUCCUUCAACGCCUAGAACUCCAGAGAUUAUGACACGGAGCCCGCCGACAAUGGUGAAGGAAAAACGUAAAAGAAAAGAAAAACCUGAGAAGCCUAGAGCGAAGAAGAUGAGAAAAAAUCCACCAGCUCACUUCAUGGACCCAGGAUUCAUGGACAUGUCCAUGGAACAUCACCAUAAAACUUCAAUAGAGUCUCAGAAUUUAUUAAGGCCCGGACUAGCGUUUCCUGGAAUACCCAAUCAAUUCCGUUUACCUCCUCUAGCAAAUUUCGGAGGCCCCGGCUUGAUACCCCACACAUUCGGCACUCCACUGUUUCCCUUUUCGCCUCUGAUGCAAAACUUCGCCGACCAAUCGUUCUUUAGUCCUCCCCAUAUCAAAUCUGAACCUCCUGCGAAAGUUUCGCCGCCAAAACAUCCAGAACAAAUCAAACAAGAACCUGCCGAAGUUGCACCACCGGUUUCUACUGAACUCUCUUCUUCUGCGACACCUUUGACGAUCAAAACUGAAGGAGAGACGAUACCCGAAACGCAAAAGAAGUCCAAGGAGCACAAGAAAGAGAAGAAGGAGAAGAUAAAGAAGAAGAAUAAGAAGGAGAAGGUGAAGGACAAGUCGGAGAAGAAGAAAUUGAAAGAGGCCAAGAAGGAGAAAGAUAAGAAGAAGAAGAAAAUUCCAAAAGAAGAGCCAGUGGAAGCGGUGACCAGCAUUCCGAAGUUGCUACUGAAGGUAAAUUCCCCAUCGCCUAGGCCGGAAACGCCGGAUACCACCAAAAAGCUAAACAUUAAGCCAAUAAUAAAGAAAGAAGAGCCUUCCUCGCCAGAAAGAAAGCGCGAAACAUCUCCAGGCUUGGCCAAAAUAUCUGCUUUGGUCACUGGUCCUCCGAAACCAAAGAAUCCUUCCCCAGUGCUUACCGCAACGGAAAAACCAUCACCCACUGAACCUACUACACCUACUUCGACACCUCGACCGCCAGGAAGACCCAGAAUACAUCCUUUGAAGCCUAAAGCGACAACUCCCAAGGUGAAGAAGGUUCAACAGCAGCCAUACACUAGCAAGGAUGCUGAGGGUAAUACCAUAUGGUUCUGUCCUGAGUGUGACCUUCAAGACGAUGGUAGACCAAUGAUUGGGUGCGAUGGGUGCGACGCCUGGUACCAUUGGGUGUGCGUGGGUAUUCAGGUGCCUCCUGACAAUAACGAGAAUUGGUACUGCCGCCGGUGUCUCGCACAGAAGAACGCGGAUUUAUCAAGUAAGAAGAAGAAAAGGAAAAAGAAGACUCCAGUUUAAGAUUCCUCUUCAGUCCAUAUAUCAACUGAACCGCCAACCUACCACACUGAGUUCAAUACCGAGACCGCCAUGAACAUCCAGAAUACACCCUUUGAAAUGCAAAGAUACAUCUCCCAACGUUAAGAAGGUUAGCUUAGCAAGGAGCUGAGGUUCCAUCAUAUGGUUCUGCCCUAAGUAUGACUUACAUUGCAUGGUACCAUUAGGUGUACGUGGGCAUUAAGGUGCUCUCGGACAAUAAGGAUAACUGGUACUGCUGUCGGUGUCUGGCACGGAAGAAUGUGGAUUUGUCCAAUAAAACGACCUAUCAAGGUUUAGAGGGUACAGGUAAAUAGCAUUGAAUAAAAUGUCUAAGGAAGAUUAAACAAACUUCGUUAGACCGCGAAGGGGUCUUAUUAUGUCUGACUUGACUUCCGGGUAAAUAGUGGCUUUAGAUUUUUUUUAGGCGUUGACAUACCGUGCUGGCAACUGUUAUUUUUGGGUCGGUAUUUACAUGUUUGGAAGUAAAUCGCAUAAGGAUCUUAUUAAGUUGGAGUGAGAGAAAUGCGACGGACAGUGUGGUGUUGAGUUGUUGUCGGUACGCCUUCCCUAUCAAGUAAAGUAAAAUCACGAUCGCAAACCGCUUAUUUUUGAGACUUUUUUUCGAAAAGGUAACUAGAUAAAAUCAUUAGAUAUGUUUCUGAGCAUCUCAAAUGGAAUUAUAAGGAUAU